GGCGCUCCCAGGGACGCGGGCAGGUGGCGGCUGUCCCGACGGCGUUCUCUGUCCCCAGGCUCAGGAUCUCCUGCCCACCGGGAGAGCCUUGUCCGAGGAGCCGAGGGGUAGCGCACGGGAGUUUGUAUUUCUCUCCCCGGACACUGCGCCAGCGGCCAUUCCUCCGCAGUUCUUAAGGGAGAAAACUCGGCAAAGAAGGAGUAGGAAGAAAGGUAGUAGAGAAAGGGGAGAAAGUUGAUUGGCUUGCAGAGAGGUGAAGCUUUCCUGUGGCUUCCACUGCAUUUUGCGCUGGAGACCUUCAGCCCACGCGAAGCUGGAGGAUGGAGCCAGAGCCCCCACCCGAGCUCACAUCAAUGCCGCUUGGGGAGAAUGGGAGCGUCCACCUGGAGCCCGACACAGCCCUGCUGUCCCCGGGGAGAGGCACGGCCAUAUUCAUCAUCCGCUGUGUGAUCCCUUCGCUUUACCUGCUCAUCAUCACUGUUGGCUUGCUGGGCAACAUCACCCUCAUGAAGAUCUUCAUUUCCAACAGUGCCAUGAGAAGUGUGCCCAACAUCUUCAUCUCCAGUCUUGCUGCUGGUGACCUGCUCCUGCUAGUGACCUGUGUGCCUGUGGAUGCCUCCCGGUAUUUCUCUGAAGAGUGGCUCUUUGGGGAAGUGGGCUGCAAGCUCAUCCCUGUCAUCCAGCUCACCUCUGUCGGUGUCUCAGUCUUCACUCUCACUGCCCUCAGUGCUGACAGGUACAAAGCAAUUGUAAAUCCCAUGGACAUCCAGACCUCCAGUGCAGUGCUAUGGACUUGUCUUAAAGCCACUGCCAUCUGGGUAAUCUCCAUGCUCCUAGCAGUUCCUGAAGCAGUGUUCUCUGAAUUGGCUCACAUCAAUGACACAGAUAAUGCCACUUUCACAGCGUGCAUACCAUACCCCAUGACAGAUGACAUGCACCCAAAGAUCCAUUCUGUGCUGCUUUUCCUUGUGUAUUUCCUUAUCCCUCUUGUAAUUAUCAGUAUCUACUACUAUCAUAUUGCAAAGAGUUUAAUAAAAAGUGCUCACAACAUCCCUGGGGAACACAGCGAACAUUCCAAAAGACAGAUGGAAACUCGGAAGCGUCUGGCAAAAAUUGUUUUAGUUUUUGUUGGCUUCUUUGCUAUCUGCUGGUUUCCUAACCACGUGCUAUACAUGUACAGAUCUUUUCAUUACAAUAAAAUUGAUCCAUCGAUGGGACAUAUGGUUGUUACCUUAGUGGCCCGAGUGCUAAGCUUCUGCAACUCUUGUGUCAACCCAUUUGCACUGUAUUUUCUCAGUGAGAGUUUUAGAAGACAUUUCAACAACCAGCUUCGCUGCAGGAAGAAAGCUCAGAAAGAGAGAUCUGCCAGCUACUUGUGCAACUCUUCUGCCAUUCAAAUGACUUCCUUGAAAAGCAAUACCAGGAACACAGUAACUACCAUGACACAACUGAAUGGGCACAACUUGAAACAAGAAAUGUCACUAUGAUCUAAUGAGUGUGAUUUUUGACUGUGGAACAAAUCUGAAACUUUUGCUUUGCAGCUUGUAACUCAUUUUUGGCUCUCAUUCUUAGUCCUCAGAAGAGAGGAUCUGUUAAAUUCUGGCCAAUCUGAGGUUAUUUCAUGCUGUCUUGACUCUUUUAUAGAAGUGAAGAGUAUGUUUUACUGAGAAAACCAAACUGACUGGCAUCAUAUUGUGCUUUAAAGGAGAUGCUGAUGGAUGUUUAACAUAAAGUAAAGCAGUGUAUCUGAUAUAAUAUUGCUUUAAAAAGUAUAGAUUUUCUGAUCUGAAAAUAUGUAUUUUUAACUGAAUGUUGAUCCAGGCUUAUGUUUUGCUUUAAUAGAUUUUGCAUUAUUUUAGCUCUGUGGUGUGCUAGCUUUGAUGAUUAAGACUGUUAGUCAUUUUGGAUUAGAUUAAACUUUUAUUUUUAAUUUAUUUUCUCUUUAAUCAGCUCACGUCAGCACAGGUAGUCAAGUAGACACAAUGACUGAAACUCAUUGCUGCUACUUACACAAGGCUACUCAUAUAAAAGCUUGAAGAGCAUGUCAGAGCUGAAUCCCCUCUUAUACAGUGGCAUAGAAUCUGACAAAUAAUCAUUUCCAAGGCAGGUGAGAGGUUAGCUUUUGUGUCUGAGCUCCAGAGAGAAGGUGCUCGCAGUGUCUUUCUUACAAGGGGCAGUAACAGCAGGCAAAGGCACCUUGUGGAAGCAGUUUUUUAUGGCCAGUUCAUGAGCUAAAUGUAAUUUUAAGCAUGUUUUCUUCACAAUUGGGUGGUACUGCUCCAGCACAGAUCUGUCUCUGUCAGGUCACUAUAUCCUGUACUUCUGCAGUGACUUCUCCAAGGUGAAUACUAGAGAGUACACUAGAAAUUUAGAUUGGAUUUUGGAAUUAGUUGCUAGUCUUAUAAUUUCAAAACCUGAAGUGCUAAUGCAGUGUAUCAGUUCAUUGUUCCUCAAGUCUAUGAUAAUACACUUAUUUAGUUGUGUUUGUAACUCUGUGAAUCACCUGAAGUUCAACAUUUCUUUCUCAAUUCCUCUUUCUUCAAGAAGAGUUAUAUCCCCAUCCCAAUUUUUAAAGCAGUGAGAAGUUAUAUUGAUGUAAACUCUAAGUGUUCUAGCUAAUUAUCUGGAAAAAAAAUUGCUAGUUGUAAUCACUCAAGACGGAAAGUAAGAGAUUGAAGUUCUUAAUGUUGACCAGCAUGGUUCAGCUGGUGAGACCUAUAGGAGGAUGUAAUGUAGUUAAAGUUGUGUGCAGAAUUCCAAUGAGAAAACUUAAGUUCAGUUUAGACUGGCUCCAUAUUGGCCUAACGUAGCUGGUUGUAGUUGCCCUGUGGCUUCAGUGGCUCCCUAGAAGGCUUUACACAAAGGAGCUGAUUAACAUGAACUUGUAAAUCUAUGUAGAAUUGUUUAGAAAAUUGUCAUUUUGUCAUAGUUUAGGAAUGGAAUGCCCCAAUUUAGUGUUCCCACUGAAACACUCCAAACCAUGUGCCGCUCUCUCACUCCACACUUCCCUCUCUCCUUCUCUCUGCAAACGGAUGGAGGAGAAAUUGGAGUCACAGAAGGUACAUAUCAAGGGUUAACAUGAUAACAAUUUACUAGAAACAGCAAUGAAAGCAACAAACAGUAUCAAUAACAAUAUUAAUAACAGAAUGUUGUUAAAAUUAAUAAUAAGAAGUGAAGGAUUCAUGUGCAAGCACUCACCACAGGGAACUUGGCGCUACCUGGACCACUCCACCAUCAGCCUGACUGGAAGGAACCCAUCCCUCCCCUGCCCCCUGCUUUGGCAUGAGGUGGUAUGGAGUAACCUCGGGGUCCUGGUCAUGUCCCUCCUGCCUGCUGCAGAAAUAAACCAUUUUCUGGCUGGAACCAGGACACAUCCACAACUACCGAACUCCUCCUUUUUCUCCAUUUUGCCUCUUCUCUUUCUUUAUGCCUUAGUUUUGUGUGAGCCCACAUGUUCUCAUAACUACUUUUUAAUUUUAUAUCAAUAAUUCUUCCUGGAUGCUCUUCUGAUCAGUCCUGAGUCCUUUUCUCUCACAAAUAUUUUACACCUGCAAAGCACUAAAGCUUAAAGUCUUCCUUUGUGAAUUAUUGAUGCUUAUCAUUGUGAUCAGGUUUUCUGUUUAUUUCUGCUAGGGUUUUUGCAGUUCCCUGCUCCUCAUUUUGUUUGACAAUCUUUCUACACUGCAUAACCUUUCACAGAACUUCUAAAUCCAUUGCGGUUUUUAGUUCCUAAAUGAAUUUUUCCAAUGUAGACAUUACCAGAUGAUACAGGUGCCCUACCGGAAAAAUAACAAUCUAAUUUGUAGUAGAUUUGAUGCUUCUGUUUGAUUCAUGCUCUUCACUCAAUGUCUUAAAUUGCUGUGUGUGAUAUGGACAGCAUGAGCCAGCUUUCUGGCAGAAUGGAAAACUACAGUCUGUUCCUUUUUGUUGAGAGGGGAAGGUGUUCUGAAGUAGACUAUAACAGCUUCUAGUCAGGAAAUCAGCAGUUUUGCUUCAAUAUUUCCCAGACCUAAUAUUCAAAAUCUGUUUCAAGUGAGUAAACUAAAUUGUAUAUAGCUCCUUUCAAUUCUUGUAGCAUGGCAUGGGGGAAUUAGUUAAUCUGUCUGGAGCUUUUCUAGGUGUGUUGCUAGCACAAUGUGCACAUUUUGGAAGUGUCUGCUGCUGUGCUUCCAUACACAUUGUAUACAAGCUGUAUGUAUAAAGCUAUUUUCAAACAACUCUGCUUACUAACAAUUAAAAUGAUUGUAGAAUGCAUUUUAUGAAGUAUUCUCUUCUAACUGUAGUCAAAGAAACAAAGGAAAUCUGUAAAUGGGAUCAUGUCAGCUCUUUGUACACUACAUGAGGUCU